AUCUCAGGAAAGGAUGAACAGAAAAAUCAAAAGGCUGAUCAAUGAGACUUUGCAUGCAUUACUGGUACUGAACUUGGGCCUGUUUGGAAUGCUGGAAUUGGGAAUGAGCAUGGAAAAUCCAUUUCAUUUCCAGUUCAUUACUAAAUAUGAACUACUUAUUAGAAAUGGAAAUAAGAAUAAAAAUUUAUUCUAUAAAAAUCAAAACUUACUUUUGUUAGGAUAAUGGAGUGGAGAGGGCAUGGAGCUCCAGUCGAUGAAUGCAAAUCAAAGUCAUCAAAGCUACUCUCAACAAACACAAGCAAUUAUUAAAGCAAAAGCCAUCCUUAAAAGAAUUGGUUCAUUCCUAAAGUCCAGCCAAAUCUCUCUUUAUAUAUCUUUGUCUCUCUCUGCAACUCAAAUCCCAAAACUUCAUUACUCUUUCUUGGGAAAUGGGUCUCUUUGUUUCCUUGGAAAACAUACUAAAGAUUGAUAUCUGUUCAAAUUUUUCAUAUUAUAUGUUAUCCUUCCAAUAAAUGAAAUUAAAGGGUGCCAAUGAUUUGAGUUGUAGUCAAAUUCUGAUAGCUUGACGCUAAUCUCCAAAUGAUUUUUCACCUUUGGGGGUGCUCUUAAGCCUUAAUCUUUCUGGGCUGAAUGUCUGAAUCUUCAGUAUAGUGUUUUGAGCUGGAGUCGGAUUCUAAUACGUUAACCCAUAUCUUCAGAUUAGUGUUCUUCAUUUUUGGUAUCAUAUGAAAGUCGGGCACUCUUCAAAUGAUAUCAAACUGUCACAAUAAAUUCUGAAUGUUUGAUAGAUAUCUUCAACUGGGUAUCUGAUAUCUGUUCUUGGGUGUUCUCCAUCUUCUCAAUCAGACCAGAAUUUGGGUCGGGUAGGGGAUUGCUUCUCCUGGAAGUAGAUGGCUCGUCCCUCAUACCACAGGUUAUUCAACCACCAAAGAAUUCUGAAAUUGGUGAUGGUUUUGGUGGGCUUUUGUUUGGCUUGUUGCAUUUUAGGACCACCAUUAUACUGGCACUUCAAGGGGAGUUCGAGAGCUCAAACUUCAUGUGGUUCAUGUGAUUGUGGCUGUGAUUUAGAUACCACCUUCUCCAUUACUCUAGAUUGUGGCGAUCAUGACCCAGACAUGAAAGAAGAAAUGAAGAAGGGGAGAUUGGCUUUACUAGCAGAGGAGCUACGUCUCCAGAAAAAUGUAACUGAUGACCGCCUGGAACGCACCAAGGAACUAACAACGGAAGUUAGGAAAGCCUCUUCACAGUACAGAAAGGAAGUAGAAAAAUGCAGCGUAGGAAUAGAAACAUGCGAAGAAGCGAGGGAGAAAGCUGAAGCAGCCCUAGUGGAUGAACUUAAGCUUUCAGCAUUGUGGGAGGAGCGAGCUCGUGAACUAGGAUGGAGCCAUGGCAUAUAGACAUGGUUGUUGCCAUUUAUUCUUGCAAUUCUCUUUCUGUGAAUGUAAUUGGGAAUGAUAUCAUGGUUUGAACUUGGUCUUUAUUCCCUUUGAGAUAUUCUCUGUGCUGCAUUUGACUUGAAGGGAAAAGAUAUACUUGAA